UUGUAAUUGACCGACUCGAACUAGUUUACAUCAAAGGCGCAAGUUCCCAUCUCGAUCAGCUCUCAGGGUACGAGCGCAAGUCUGUCUGCGUACGCCCUGGUGGAAUUUCCACAGAAAUGUCACAGCUCACGUCCCAACGAACUGAUGAGGAAGCUAAGCAGGUACUCGUGGCAUCAGUACAUGACGUGCGGUAUCUAGCAAUGCUCCUGCGAGGCAUCAACUUUUCAAACCGGGCUUCCGUUAUACUCAGUGCUAGCGGAGGGAUAACUGUUGCCGUCGAAGAGGCCCGAACACUACUAGCGACGUCCUACAUCUACCCCGAACACUUUGAUGAGUGGGAUUGCAAUCCGGACAUUCAUCAUGCACCAUCAUCUCAGAGUUCCGAGCUGUCAAAGGACGCCCACUCUGCCACCUCCGCAUUCGAAAUUCCGCUCAAUACUCUAAUAGAAUGCCUCAAUAUAUUUGGCACAGCCGGUAUCUCAUCCGCAAGUGCAGGGACUAAAUACAAGAAGUGGAAACGGGCAGAAGAUGGCUCAGAUCAUGAUGGUGACGACGGCGACAGGCCGAAUAGACAACGUCCUGGAGCGAAUGUCCCACUUCACAAUCGCAUCGACCACUAUUUUGGUGGCGGCGAAAAGCGAACCAGUAUGAAUAUGUCGUACGCAGGACCGGGCUACCCAUUGACUCUACUCCUCGCUGAGGAUUCAACAGGACCCACGACAACAUGUGAAAUUACUACCUUUGAUUCUGAACCAAACAUCGAGCUCCCAUUUGAUGCAGACCAGCUGGUGCUCAAGAUUAUCUUCAAGUCUUCAUCUUGGCUUCGAGACGCCUUGUCAGAGCUGGAUCCAUCAUGCGAUAAGCUGACAUUCAUCGCCAAUCCGGCAGCAGACGUAAGAAGAGGCCCAAGGCUUGGAAGAGCUCAGGAAAAACCUCUGUUUAGGAUUCAAGCGUCAGGCACAUUUGGCAGCACCGAGAUGGAUUAUCCUAAUGAUCGAGAAGUACUGGAGACUUUUGAAUGUGCACAUCCACUGACUGUCAGUUAUCGUUUCGGUCACAUUUCUAGGACAUUACGUGCUCUUCAAAGUUCCACGAAGACAUCACUUCGGAUAGAGGAAGAAGGGCUACUGAGCCUUCAAUUCUUAGUACCUGUCCCUAAGCCGAGAGGAGGGCUGUCAAAUUCGUUUAUCGAAUUUCGGUGUCUGGCAUUGGACGAGGAGACUUCUUGAUGAGAAUGGAGAUAUCACGAUGGGCGUCAUAGCAUACGCACAUCAGAAAAUGAUGGUGUUUCUAUUGCGGUCUAUUAAUCAAGGUAAAAAAACAUGAUUUAGAAGUAAAAAAUCACACUCCCGAUCCAUCAAGUCUAUCGAAUGUGAGAUCCUUUUCGAUGGAUCUGAUACCUCCCCUAUACAGUAGUUGACGCAACUUAAGCUACA